UGCGCCUGAGCUUGUGCUGUGUAUUAAUAGGCAUUUGCAUGUGAGCGGAGCCUUUUACUCGUGCGCACGGCGAGUCUCUUGAAGAUCUGUUCAUGCGGUAGGGUCAGAACAUCAUGGAGGUGCUGGAUGUCCUAAAUCUGGGCGAAAUUGCCCAGUAUUUCUCGAAAAUGGCAAUGUUUCCAGUUUUUGAUGUCGCUUAUUAUAUCGUGUCAAUACUCUACCUCAAAUAUGAACCAGGUGCUGUGGAAGUGUCCCGUAAAAGCCCAGUGGCCUCAUGGCUUUGUGCAAUGCUCUACUGCUUUGGAAGCUACAUACUAGCAGACAUCAUGCUUGGUGUGUCUCCCAUUGACUAUUUCCAUAACAACAGUCACAUCCUCCUGGCUUCAGCUGUGUGGUACCUGAUUUUCUUCUGCCCUCUUAACCUGUUUUACAAAUGUGUGGCAUUUCUGCCUGUGAAACUUGUGCUAGUUGCAAUGAAAGAAGUGGUCCGCACACGUAAAAUCGCUGCUGGAGUUCAUCACGCUCACCAUGCGUAUCACCACGGCUGGCUGAUCAUGGUCAUCACUGGUUAUGUUAAGGGGUCAGGGGUCACUCUCAUGUCCAAUUUCGAGCAGCUGUUGCGAGGAGUCUGGAAGCCAGAGACCAAUGAAGUUCUCAACAUGUCAUUCCCUACCAAGGCCAGUCUGUAUGGAGCCAUUCUGUUCACCCUUCAGGACGCUCACUUGCUCCCUGUGUCUAAAAGCAUGCUCAUCUGCCUCUUUACACUCUUCAUGGCCUCAACCAAGGCGUUUAUGACGGCCCGUCACUCUCACGGAUCACCCUUCGCCCUCAUCGAGUCCUGGCUGUGCCACCUGCUAUUCGGUUCACCCCUUGGUACUGAAGAUGCCCAUGAUCACCACCACUCCGCACCAGCCGCUGUGCCCCUCUCGCCCGCCAAAACCAAGGAGGAACUGAGUGAAGGAACCCGCAAGAGGAAGCCCAAGAAAGCAGAGUAGAGUUACAACACAAAAUCAUC